UCCCCACGCAUUUCAAUCCACCGAUAAUAUUAAAUUCUCUCAUCAUUCCUGACAUCUUCUCCAGAUGAAAUCCCACGACCUGCCCAGUCUUUUCAUUAAGUUCCAUCCUCUCAGUUAUGACGUCAUUCUCAUGAACAUUCCUUGUGCUUUCCCCCAUCGUUCUACAUCUCUGCGACAAUAUCCGCUUUCUCUCUGCAUGACAGUGGCGAUAAGAGUUGGGAAAUGGGAAUUAUCAGAGGGUUGUAGAAAUUUGGUGAAAUUCCCACUGUCGGGAUGAGGACGGUUCACCUCAGUCAAUUGAGAUUUGUGUUUUAUUUCUUUCAGGAGGAAACUGGUCGCAAGCAAAGGGUUCGUGAUGAAGCCAAACCACUGUCGGUGGUAGAUGAAGCCUUGCCGAUUGAAAAGUUUCAUUGCUCUGUUUCGUUCAACACAGCACUCAAAGAAACAUCUGAUGAUUUCAGGCAAGUCUCCGUCACCCUGGAUGUGGAAACAGCGCAUGCGCAGCUCGAGGUGUCUGAGGAUCGGAAGAGGGUGAGAUGGACCGGGACCGAGAGGAGUCUCCCUGACACCGGGAAGAGGUUUACAGGCAGGGCGUGUGUGCUGGGAUCGGAGGGAUUCACAUCGGGGAGACAUUACUGGGAGGUGGAGGUGGCGGGGAGUGAGUGCUGGAGUCUGGGAGUCGCCGCAGAGUCUGUGGAGAGGAAGGGACGGGUCACACUGACCCCGGAGACUGGAGUCUGGAGCAUCUGGCGGUGGGUGACGGGUUUGAUGCAUUCACCUCCCCUCCAUCCCGUCUCCCCGCCCGUCCCAUCACCGGGAGGGUGGGAGUUUAUCUCAGUUACGAGUCCGGGACAGUUUCAUUUUACGACGCGGACACCAAGUCCCAUCUCCACACCUUCACUGGGAAUAAAUUCACGGAGAAACUUUAUCCUUUCUUCUGGAGACUUGGGAUGGAAACUGGCUGACAAUCUGCUCCGGUUCCGCUCCGGGUGUGUAAAAGGGUCGGGUCCCGGGACCGGCGUCAGGAGCGGGGCUCAGGGGCUGUGGGGCAGAAACCCGGUGGACAACAGGUCGGCGCUGAACGGCUCCCAUUUAAUCCCCAAAUUCCGCGUCGUGAAACCCCAGUGAGCGCGGAAAUAAAACCAGGGGGAAUGUAAAUGUGGGAAGAGUGAAAUAAACAGCAACUGGAAUCAGA